AUUCAAAGUUGGACGUGUUUUGUGUACAACUUGUAGGCACUAUAAACAAACUAAAACGCUUAUUUUUAUACCCGUUCUUUAAAAUUUUUUUUAGUCUCUUCGCUUGUUAUCAUGGAUGAGGUUUGUGAGCUUUGAUUUUCUACGGUGAGAGAUUCUCCUCACGCGACGCCUACCUACCCCGUACCGCAGUGGCGAUGCGCAUCCAGUCCCGAGAGAAGAAGGCUGGGGAUCCCCACGAAAUGGAGGUUGACUAUCCGCCUCAAGACGGCAGCAGCUCGGAAGAUGAGGAAACUGAGACGAGCUCCAUUUCUGAGGAUGGGGACAGUUCAGGAGAGAUGGACGAGGAGGACUAUGAAAGGAGGAGGAAGGAGUGUCUGGACGAAAUGGUCAACUUGGAGAAACAAUUCACUGACCUUAAAGACCAGCUGUACAAGGAGAGGCUCGCUCAGGUGGAUGCCAAGCUUCAGGAGGUGGCUGCAGGCAAGGCAUCUGAGUAUCUGGAGCCCGUGGCCAGCCUGCAGGAGAACAUGCAAAUAAGGGUCAAAGUGGCAGGAAUCUACAAAGAACUGUGUUUGGAGUCUGUUAAGAAAAAAUACGAAUGUGAGCUCCAAGCUGCUCUUCAGCACUGGGAGAGUGAAAAACUGCUCUUGUUUGAUGCUGUGCAGAGUGAGCUGGAGGAGAAGAUAAGACGUUUAGAAGAAGACCGUCACAAUAUCGAUAUUACCUCAGAAUUGUGGAAUGAUGAGUUACUGUCAAGGAAGAACAAAAGAGAUUCUUUCAGCCCAGAGAAACAAAAAAAGCCUGUGGUUGUCUCUGGGCCAUUUAUUGUUUAUAUGCUUAAGGACUUGGAUAUACUGGAGGACUGGACCACAAUCAGGAAGGCAGUGGCUUCCUUGGGACCACACGGAGGAAAAACGGAUGCAUCUUUCAAAAGUGACAGUCGGCACAGGGUCCGAUCUGAAAAUGGGAAGCUGUUUUAUGACGGCAGCUGGUACAGCCGAGGCCAGGCCAUUUGUAUUAACAAGAAGUACGAAUAUCCCACAAGUGCCAUCAUAACCACAAUCAAUCAUGAGGAGGUCUGGUUCAAGCGGCUUGAUGGCAGCAAGUCCAAGCUCUACAUCUCCCAGCUCCAGAAGGGCAAAUGCACCAUAAAACAUUGCUGAUGCUGUGGAGUGCAAAAAAAGAGUUUAGGAGGUGCCAUUGUUCAAACUGGACAUCUUGUGGACUGUGAGGAUUUGAAAAUGAAACAUGCUCUUGCCAGUGGGUAGUUCAGACAUGUAUGUUUGGUUGCGACAUGUCUAUGGAUCCUCAGACUCCAGGCAGUAACAGUCUAGGAGCAAGAGACCAAAUUUUGUUGUGCAAUGGAAAGACUUAAAGCUGUCUUUUGUAGAAGCUGGAGAAAAAACACCUUUACUCUUCUGUACUCAGUAUGGCUGGGCUGGCAUCAAGCUGUGUUGUGGUUUGUAAUAGAACAGUCUUUCCAGUCACAUCCCUUUGUAAAGGAGCAGCAGUUCCUACUGCCUGUGGCACCCAUCUCCCCUGGAACAUAAGAUAAUUUUAAGCCUCAGAAUUCAGACUGGCGCAUGCUUGUAUUUAGGACAGUAAAUGGGAUGUACCUUAGGUGAGACUCUUUAAUACUUUUGGUUAGUGGGUGUGGGGGGAGGGUGUCCUUUGGACUUUUUUUAAAUUGUUGGUUAUUUAGGGUGUUCUUGGAUUUUUUUAUCAUACCCUGCCACAUGGAGGUGGAACAACAGUUUGAGCAGCUUAUGAUUUUGUGCUGGAUCUGCCUGCACAUAACAGGAAAUCCAAGCUAUUGGAUGUAUGUAAAAUUAUACAGUAAGAGUUGGUAGUGUUCUGCUGUCAGAUCCUGUCAUUUUCAGAGCUGGACCACAACAGGAUCAGACACCUUUUGUAUUUUGGAAUGGUUUAACUUUUCUUAUCUUUUGUAUUUCAUGAUGAGAUGUAACCAACAUGUAAAUUGUAUAUAAAGUUUCUGUAUUACAGCAUUAUGAAAUUGUCUUGGUACACACUACCCUUGUAAUUAAUUGUAGCAUGUGACUGCAGAAUGUGUGAGCUAUAUUUGCAGUUGCACAAUGACUAA